UCCCCUCCCCUCUCCCCCCCGCAUCCCGGCUGCUAUAUAAUGGGGUGUCCAAACGUUUCUGUCCCUUGCAGUUUGGGUUUGGCUCCUGCUUUUGGCCUUGGAUAGCAGCCAGCAGAAGAUGUCUCAGUACUCAGGAAAAAUCACCCUCUAUGAAGGCAAAUGCUUCACAGGCAGAAAGCUGGAGGUCUGUGGCAGCUGUGGCAGCUUCCAGGACCGAGGGUUCCUCAACCGGGUCAACUCCAUCUGCGUCCAGAGCGGGGCUUGGGUCUGCUUUGAUCACCCCAACUUCCGAGGGCAGCAGUACAUCCUGGAGCACGGCGAGUACCCGGAUUUCUAUCGCUGGAAUGGCCACAGUGACCACCUGGGCUCCUGCCGGCCCAUCGGGAUGCAUGGCGAGCAUUACAGGAUUGAAAUAUUUGAGGGGAGCCAGUUUAGUGGUCCCAGCCUGGAGCUGACAGAAGAUUGCUCCUUCCUGCAGGGACAAGGCUGGGACAAGACCUGCAUCAACGCCCUCAAAGUGUACGGCGACGGCGCUUGUGAGGAGGGUUCUUAUCUGGCUAUUACCCUCUGUCCAGCAACUGCCUUUUCACUGCAAGUGUGCUGGGAGCAGGGAAAUGCCAUAAAAUCCUCCUGGAGCCAGGCAGAGGGUGGCUAGUCUGAGACAUCAGGCAGAGGGAAUCCCCUGCAGAGGAGGGAGCACAGAAAAACUCUUCUCCAUGUGUCCUGGACUGGAUAUUGUGCAUCUCACCUCAGCCCAGUGUGGGAUGUUGGACCCCAUCUAUCCACAACCAUUUCUACCAGAAUAGGAAAAAGGUUGUUGCUGUCCAAGCUUGUGACAUCCUGACAGCGAGUGUCCUGCAGGACCUUUUCUGGGUCAACUGAGACGUCUCCUCUUCCAAAAAAACAGGCUUAUGAUCAUGCAGUGGUGGUUCAUUGAAACUAAGGAGCAGAAUUACCAGCUCCCAAUGGGAAGAAAUGCCUGGAGCCCAUGGGGGACCCUGUUCAUGAUGAGCAUUUGAAGCAAAAGGCAUCUGAGUACCAACAUUAUAAAGCCAAGAGAGAGCCUACAAGUUCUCUGGCAAGAGCUUUAGGGCCAAUUAUUUUCCACACGUGUUCCUGUAGCAGAGCCUGCAGCUUGAGAAAUUGGGAAACUGCCCAGAAACUUUCAAGCAGUUAAAUUUUUCAGAUUGAUUUUUUUCCCCCCUCCUCUGCAAAACAUACAAGGGAUACAAAGCUUGCUUUCCCUCACACGGGAGCCUGGACUGUUUAUGUUAACAUUACAUGACUUCUCAAAGGCUUUGAGUAGCAAUAAAAACAGGAAAAAAAAAUAAUAAUACUGUGAGGAGGGUGCUGAGGAAAUUUGCUGAGUUUUGUAGAGUUGUAUCUGGACCCAGUGAAGGUGGUGGCUGAAAGCAUGGGCAGGGCCUGCCAAGGGCAUUGAGAGGCAGGACAGUGCAGAGGGACCUGCUGGCCCUGAGCUGCAGGAGAGGUGAGACCAGGGAGGUGACAGGGACCUCACAGCACUGCUUUUCUCUUUUGGAUGGACCAUAUAAGCCCAGGUGACCCCCAGGUGCUGCAACUGUAUCUAGUGUUGGACUCAGCCUGGCAAAGUCCCCCCAGGACCUGUCCUCGACUGUUUGAUGAGCAGAGGAGGGGUCCCUGGAGACCAGGGCAGUUUCAGCUACAGGCUGUCUCCAUCACAUCCUCAGGCUGAAAGAGGGUCUGGUUUACCCUGUGCAUGCUGCAAGCAGAUGUAAAUCAGGGUCCCACUGAGUUCCCUGCCUGCUCCCGGAAGCACUGAAGUUUUCCACGGAAUUUUUCCCCCUUAAUUCCCAGAACACGACGUCUGUCUGGUUUCUUGGUGGGGCUGAGUCUGUCCAGCACCUCCCCACCUGCCCUUCUGGGGCCGGUGACUGCUACCCCACAAAGCCAGAAGGGCUGGUGGUUCAGCUGUGAGAGGCAUGGUGGAAGUGAGUUUGCUAUUUCAGAGCAGUUUCGAGGUGUCACUGCCGCCUUGGAAGCUGUUGAGAUUUGUGUGGCAAGUGGCUUUUCCCAUCCCACGGGCAGAGCCAGCUCCAGUAUCACAGAUGGUGUCAUCUUCUUUUAGAUGGAGACGUGUGCUUCUUGUCCUUCUUUGUGCCUCAGCCACUCCACAGAGGAUUGCUUAGAAACAACAACUUUAAAAAACUGAAUUUGUUUUACAGUCCAGGAGAGAACACCCCAAAAAAAGGGCUUUUCUAAAGGUACAGUGACGUAACUUGGAGGAACCAGACCAACUAUUUAUUCGCCCAGGCCGAAGCUGCAGCCUUUCCCUGCUGGUCCUUCCAGCCAGGGUUGGCUCACAGGCUUGUGCUGGUUCCACGUGCUUUAUUCCCACCUCCUCUGAGUUUCUGUGCUAAUGAAACACAGCACCGAGAUGUCUGAGGGCUGUGUGCUAUGUGCCUGCAUCAGCUCUCCCAUGCUGGGCUUGAGGACAGGAUUGGGUUUUGUUGGGGUUUUUUUCUGGGCUCCUGACUGACUUGAUUUCCUCUCUCGCUGAUGGUCCCAGAGAAUGUAAAUUUUAGGCCAUAAAAGAACAGCUAAGUAAGCCAUACAAGUCUUCACUCAUCACCUUGCACUGCCAAUACACUUCACUCCUGUAUCUCUGCUGUUCCUUUUGCUCCUCUUUUCUGCAGCCUCUCCCUGAGCAGGGGGAAAAGCUGCUGGGUUCUUAUCACCACACCAGGUCAUGCAGUCUGCUUCCACCUACCCUGAGACCUGUCCCUGUCCCACUCCCUCCAUGAGACUGUGCAGACACAUCAACUGUGUGUCUGGAGAGAAACACAAGGGAGUUGGGAAAGACAGUGACUAUGAGGAGCUGCUCUACCUCCUGCUCUGUUCCCCAGGGUCCACGAGUUGCUGAAAGAUGCCCUAGAGAAGGGCAGAGCUGGAAGAACCACCUUGUCGUGGUGGGCCAACAACACCCCGUUAAUAUCCCUGUCCUACCACCAUGCAGUAUUUCCAAUAGCAUCAGGUGUUCUCAGCAGCAGGGAGUGAUUGGAAGGUGCAGAAAAGUAGGAUUGGGAGCUAUUUUGAGGAGUGCUUGAGGGAGGGGUGGUGAGCUGAUGAAGUAAGAGGCCCCUGAUUGUCCAAAAAUACAGAGAGGUGCCUAUAAGCUGAUGGGAUGGAAUAGAAAAGGAAGCAAACCAUGCGUGGCUGAUGAACAAGGGUGGGGUGUAUCUGGAGGAGAAGGACAAUUUUACACAUUGUUCUUAAUUAAGCUGAAGAGCUGAGCAUGCUGUGUGGCAGGGCACAUCAGGAUAGGUGAGAGGGGGGCCACAGCUGCAGGGCCACCUGCCAUUGCACUCACAGGAGCAGCAGGCAGCCCUGCCUACCCUCUGCAAAGCAAGCUGCCAAGGAACUGGCUGAGGACAACUUGGUGAUUCUGGUUCAGAUAUAAACUGGCUGCAAAAAGUGCCAAGGAAUGAACUCGCCUGUUUUCAGGAAAGUCUCAGGAUCCAAAAUCUCUUGGCUGAGCACGUGGCAGAGGUGCUGCAGGGAAGGGCUGUGCAAGCACAGCUGGGUGGAGAGGGGUACCAGGCAAGCACGUAUUCACCGUGCUGGUCAUAUCAAUGCAUAGGCAGAUGGGAAAGGGUUCCCACCACAAUCCCACCUGGUGUCCUCUCAGAAACACAAAAUAAAUCCAAAUAUGCCAGGGAAUCUGUAAGGUGGC